GAGUUUUACGCCCGUGUGUCCAACUACGAAGACUGGAUCAAAAAUCACACUGGCUCUAGCCAACCAGGCUUUGUUGACUACAUGUCCUCAGAAAGUUGAUAGCGACUUGGACUUUGUCUGUCCCACCGCCUAUCCCACCACCCAUCACCCCUAUCCCACCACCCAUCACCCCUAUCCCACCACCCAUCACCCCUAUCCCACCACCCAUCACCCCCACACCACCGAGGACGGCAGUGUGUUUGGCAGUGGAUGUCAUUCACAACAGCAGUCAGUUUCUCUGUCAGCAUGUGGCCGGGCACCAAACAACCCCAGAAUUGUGGGAGGUCAAAAUGCGGCUGCAGGAACUUGGCCCUGGGUAGCCAGUUUACAAGUGAAUGGCAAGCACCGUUGUGGAGGGUCCCUGAUCAGCGAUAUGUGGGUUCUGACCGCUGCUCACUGCUUCCCACAUCGCAAAAUGAAGGUUGUUCUGGGCCUCGAAAGCAUGUCUGGUCCAAACUUGAACAACGUGUCAAAGGCAAUUGAUAAGAUCAUAGUCCAUCCUGCUUACGGCGACAUUUUCAACAAAAACAAUAACGACAUGGCUCUUCUGAAGCUGUCGAGCCCGGUGACGUUUACCAACUACAUCCAGCCGGUGUGCUUGGCCUCUGCAAACAGCACCUUCUACACCGGAGACAACAACUGGGUUGUUGGUUUUGGUACUACAUCAAGAGGUGGCCCUUAUGCCGACACCCUGCAGGAAGUGAGGGUCCCAAUCGUGGGAAACAAUGAGUGCACAUGUGCCUACCACGAUCUCACAGACAACAUGAUCUGUGCUGGGUUAAGAGCUGGAGGGAAUGAUUCAUGUCAGGGAGACUCAGGUGGACCAAUGAUGAUCAAAAAGGGUUCAGUCUGGAUCCAGAGUGGCGUCGUGAGUUUUGGAAAAGGCUGUGCCUUGCCGAAGUUUCCUGGAGUUUACGCCCGUGUGUCCCGGUUCGAAGACUGGAUCAAAAAUCACACUGGCUCUAGCAAACCAGGCUUUGUUGACUACAUGUCCUCAGGAGUUGAUAGCGACUUAAACUUUGUCUGUCAACCAAUCCCUACCCCCACCCAACACCCCUCUCCCACCACCCAACACCCCUCUCCCACCACCCAACACCCCUCUCCCACCACCCAACACCCCUAUCCCACCACCUAA